UCAAUGAAGAAUUCCUAGCUUUAUCAUUUUUCAAUCAGAAAGGCGGAAGAAAAAAAAAAUCUAUUGAAAUUCCUAGUACAUAUCGAAUCGAAAUUAAACCCAGUCAUAUGAUGAAAGAUAUUAAAUUGGAAAAAAAUGCUAGGAGAGAAAAUAAUGAAAUGUAUAAUCUUUUCGUUAUUCCAAGAACAUCCGAGAUUUGUAAUAUUUAUUACAAAGCUGGAUCUCAAGAAGAAAAACUUAUAAUUGAAAUAGAAGUUCAAAAUUUUUUCGAAACGUCAAACGAUUAA